AUGUUGUAUGUGCAUCUAUCUAUCUAUCUAUCUAUCUAUCUAUCUCCGUCCGUUCAUAUCUAUCUAUCUAUCUAUUCUUCUCUCGCUCUCUUCUUUCUUUCUUUCUUUCUUUCUUUCUUUCUUUUUUUCUUUCUUUCUUUCUUUCUGUUUGUUUCCUUCCAGUCUUUCUUUCUUUCUUUCUUUCUUUCUUUCUUUCUUUCUCCUUGUAAACUUUAUUUCUUUCUUUCUUUCUUUCUUUCUUUCUUUCUGUUUGUCUCCUUCCAGUCUUUCUUUCUUUCUUUCUUUCUUUCUUUCUUUCUUUCUGUUUGUCUCCUUCCAUUCUUUCUUUCUUUCUUUCUUUCUUUCUUUCUUUCUUUCUUUUCUUUCUUUCUUUCUUUCUUUCUUUCUGUUUGUCUCCUUCCAUUCUUUCUUUCUUUCUUUCUUUCUUUCUUUCUCCUUGUAAACUUUCUUUCUUUCUUUCUUUCUUUCUUUCUGUUUGUCUCCUUCCAAUCUUACUUUCCUUCUCUCUUUCUUUCUCUUUGUAAUCAUUCUUUCUUUCUUUCGUUCUUUCUUUCGUUCUUUCUUUCUUUCUUUUUGUCUCCUUCCAAUCUUUCUUUCGUUCUUUCUUUCUUUCUUUCUUUCUUUCUUUCUUUCUUUCUCCUUCCAUUAUUUCUUUCUUUCUUUCUUUCUUUCUUUCUUUUUCUCUUUCUGUUUCCUGUUUGCGACUUUCGUCGGUGCUAUUUUUCUCGCCGCUGCCGCCAUUACUGCCAGCAUAACAGCCAAUCACAGUCAUUCUCUAUUGAUAGCGUCACCAAAAAGCCUCGUGAUAACCGCCACAACUUAUGGUGGACACUCGUUAACGCUCGGUCAGUUCAGUACAGAGUGAGAAUCAAUUCGUCACGGCCCGACGCACCCGGCCAUCAGCUCAACCGUACCAAUAUCUAG